CUGUCAACAUCUUUAAACGAGCAGAAAGAGAAACAUAAAGAGUCAGCCUGCAGCUUAGCCGACUCUGUCUGGAGACACAAAGGUUAAAUUCAAAGUUGCAGCACUAGCUGCCUAUGGAGCACACGGACAGAUGCCUCCGAGCUUCCUGUCAUCCUGCUCUCCUCAGCAGACAGCAAACCUCAUCCUCCCCUUCGGGCCAGAGGACACGAAGAGAAGGCUGCAGUAUGGGACGUUAUCAAAACCGGCAGGUACACUGAGUGUGAGAGGACCAGGCUGUGUCCCAGCCUGCCUGACUGAAGUUUCUCGUACAGUGAACGCCUCUCUCUGCUCCAUCUCAGUGUCAGUGAAGCUGACGUUCUCGUGUUUGGCCCUGACACUUUCUCUAAGGAGGUUAAAGCCACAUUAUGACUGAAUUAGAAGCCAUGGGGGCAGGGACGCCUCCACCCUACAUAAUGUUUCUGGUGGUCUUCCUUUUCUUUCUUACGGGACUGCUGGGCUUCCUAAUCUGCCACCUCUUGAAGAAGAAGGGCUAUCACUGUCGAACAGAUGUGGAGGAUGAAGAAGAGGAGGAGAAGCUAGGGGAAAAUGCAGAUGAUGAGGAUGAAGAGAACCAGGACACGGUGGAACAGAUCCUUAAAUGUAUCAUUCAAAAUGAAGCAAAUAUGGAAGCCUUCAACGAGAUGUUGGGAAACCAUAAUGUCUGCGUGCGUCAUGACCCCAGGUUGCGUAAGGAGUCCCUUGGUGGUAUUCCUCCCCAUCUCCACACAGUUCACUCAGGCACCGACCACAACUCCUGCCACCUCUGUGCCCAGAUUAAAUCUAAAAAAGGCCGCAGACAAAGCAGAACCCUACGUGCCAAGCAACGACCUGGGGAACAGACUGUCUUCUCUGUUGGCAGGUUCCGAGUGACACACACUGAUAAAAAGUCCAAUGGAGGUCCUAGUCCAUUGGCCAUUUCAGGGGACCAGCUGGACCAAUCCCAAGACAGCGAGGAUAGGAAGGAUGGCGGAUACAACCUGAGAAGCAUGUUUAAGGAAGUCCGCCGACCUUCAGAAAGUGCCAGUGGAAUAUCUGCAAAUGUGGGAAGAAGAAAAAAGAGUGUGACUAUAUUUGGGCUAAGGCGGGGCAGUGACCCUGUAGGUAUUAAGGUAGGGGAGGAGACAGGCAAAGAUAUUGGAGGGGUCAAAUUUGCUGUUCAGCAGCAGCCUGUAGUGCUGGAAGAGCCCGUGCCUGUUAAUAACAUUAAAGUUGAUCUUCAGUGUGGUACUAAAUCUGAUUCCAUACUUGAGACUGAGCUACAACAGGAGAAUAAAACAUCAGGUUCUCUUAAUUCUCCUUCUUCCCAGACUAAAACUGGGCUCAAUCCUGAACCUUGUACAAAGAUCCAGUCUUCAACAGGGAGUACAGUUGCUUAUGCCCCAACAUCUCUUCCUAUUCCAUCUGAGAAAAGAGUAAAUGUUGAGGGUCAGUGGAUAAAACCUGAAGAAUUUGGACCACUGCAGACAUCUACACCCAUUGUACCUAUGCCCACAUCAAUUCUGGGUUUCACUUCUGUCACUCAUACUGGUCAGCUUGAUGCCUGUUCCAGGACAGGUUCUCAAGUUAUUCAAACUCUCCCUGACGUAAGCUCUAGUUCAGAUAUGGAACCAGGUUUAACCCUAGAUUCGUCCCCUUCAUCUUCCUUCCCAAUCAAGACCCCAUCUUCAGUUUCUUCAUUAAAAACUCCUACAUCCCCUCUAGCAGUGACAGCAAGUCCCAAAGUUGGCUCAAAAAAUAUGCCACCAGAAGUUGUAAAAGGAGAACUUCCUUGUGUCCUUACACCAAGCCCGAAACUCCCACUUCACCAAGAAAUGUCUCGCCAAUCACCUGUUUCCUAUUCAUCCUUUAGACAAACUUAUAGUCCAUCACAAGCCCAAGCUCCGGAGCGAGAGCUUGAAGGCACCACAAUGCCCAAAGCUGAAGAAAAAUUAGAAUUUAAGAGACCUGGAAUUCUAAAAAAACCCAAACUGUCACCAGUUGCAGCAGGGGACUCUAAAAGCUCUGCCCUUUCAUCUUCAUCUGAACAACUUUUUAAAGACAGAUCAAGCAGUUUACCUUUGUCCCCUUCUAGCCUGUCUCCCUCCUCACCUCAAGGUGGCAGAAUAAGUAGUGUGACGAUUGUUAAAGCCAGUCCUGACAGCCAGAGGGAGUUCUCUGUUGUCACAAUGGUGGAAGAAGAGAGGUCAACCACUAAAGACCAGAAAGAAGACGAUUAUGAACUUAGAGUUGACCCAGACAAGAGGGUUAUCGGUUCGGCUGAAGGAGAUGGCUUUGUACCAGGUGCUAGACAACCUGAGAGCCAGAGCGGAAAAACUUCUGGCGUAGAGGUUAUCCCAUCUUUGAGUCAAGAGAAGGAGGACAUGGUGGAAAUGGAAGAUAUUAGAGACUGCAAGGUCAUGCAAGUGGAAGGAGCACAGUUAAUGGAGGAAGAAGUGGAGCUGAAGAUGCAGACUCAGUUGGAAAAGGACUGAGAGCUGAAGUCACAAAGUGGUGAAAAGUUAAGUGUCCAGUGCUAAUCUAAAGAAAGUGACUGUUACCACUGCUAGCUGGAAUAAUUCUUACAAAAUAAUCAUAAGCACAUUUUUAAUUAUUAACUGGUUACACUGUAGGGGGACUGGAUUGGAUAGUUAGUUGAAAAGCCAUCCACACAAAUUUCAAAUUUUCUUUAUGUAAUGGAUGACCACACUUCAGUUCACACUUUGGUCCAUACUAAGCACUUCAGUAUCUAAUAUCCCCAAAUGAUGAAUUCUCCAAGCUCUACACACUUUUUCACUGCAGGAGCUUUUUCAAAGUUGUGGGAACCAAUGGAGGAACUUUUUACUGCGUAGGUAAAAAUUCAUGUUAUUAGAUCUAUUUUUGGGGGCGCUAUGUACAAGUAGGACAUAAGAGGAACUUUGAGUGAAGCAAACGUACAGCAAUUUGUCCAGAUAUAGAGUUUGAUCAAACACGAAUGUAGAUCUGGCAAAAUAUUACCAUACAAAAAACAGUUUUUAACAUUAGCCCUAAAAAUGGACCAAAUCAGAAAGAAGAGAACUGACAGCAAAGACGCAAUUUAGUUUUUCUAAACCUAAAAAAUACUCACCUCAUAGCGAAGAAAUGUAAAGAGAAAUUAAAGUGGCUGAAACAGGAUUACAAGAAAAUAACACAACUAUAGGUAAUGUUACCUUACCAACCACUGACAUUACUUCAAAUUUCCCAAUGAAACUGAUGUUUAGUGAUCCUUGUUCUUUUGUUUAUCUCACAAAAGAUGACAGGUGAACAUCCGAGUUUACCUCAAAACUCCCAAAAGUUUUACUUAUUUCACUGGGAAGUGUUUUUCCACGAUGUUGUUUAGAUAUAAAUUGGGUGGAUCAGUCAUUGGGUCAAUAUUUUACAGACAUUCAUGGCGUAGUUCUGAAUGAAUCUCAAUACCUCUGGUGAUCUUGAAUGAAAUUUCUGUAUCUUUUAGAAUGAUUGCAUUGACAUUUUUUUGACAUUUCAUCAAGUUUUUCUCGAGAUGAAUCUCAAUAACUUUUGUGAAAUCAGGCUUUUUGUCUAGCUCCACAAUCAGGUCAAAAAUAUCAUUCUUUCCAACAUGCUGGCUUAUUACGGAGCCCCGCAAGGGUCAUUGGAGGAAAAAAAAAUGAAGAUGAACUUUUGCGAGAUCUCGUGAAAUAGGCUGCAUCCUUCACAGGCCGCCAGCUCGAAGCUGACCAGGAGGUUGAGGCACGAUGUGCGUCUAGUGAGCCUUGACCUCCAGGUCAGCUUUGAGCUGGUGGGUAACAGACGUCUCCAAAAACAUCGGAGCACUUUUGCAAAUAUGUGAUGUCGUGAUAAACUGAGCAGAUGUUUGAAGUUUACACAGCUACAUUCUCGCCUCAAAAUAUCUUAAAAGUUAUUAGCUUUUAAGUAGCUGCCACCAUUGUUGGAAAAUGGAAUUGGCUGGGCCGCGCUAUGAAUUCUGGGAAUUUUUGGACCACGAAGGAUACACCGACUCGGCCGCGGCCUGCGAAGGAUGAGGCCUAUUUUGCGAGAUCUUGGAAAAGUUCGUCUUAAUUUUUUUUUCUCCAAUGUCCCUUGCGGGGCUCCGUAGGUUUUUAAUUCCAUGGCUGCUAAAAAGAAAUCAUGUUCCUAUUAGCCUCAGCUGUACUUUGACUUCAGGGGUAAUUAGCAGACUUUAGCAUGCUAACAAAACUCCUGAGUGCUGAAUUGUGUGGUUUUUAAGUUUGCUUUUAUAUUCAACAUUAACAGAUGGUGUGCACUUUUGUCUUUUUUGUCACAACUCAUGAAUGUUACAAGAUAUUUCAAGAUUUGAUACCACACAGAAAUGAACACAAAAAUGGUUGUUUGUUAAAUAACUCGAGUCAAAAAUGAGUCGGAGUAUAUUCUUACGAUGGUUGGCAAAUCUAAUCAUGAUGGGCCUAAAAUCACUAGUGACGACAGUAGAUCCUGAAUGAAUGGUUCCUGUGUAUUGCAGGUGUAAUUUUAUGUUGACCCUGUGUUACAGAACAAUUUUACUUAGGUUUGCCUCGUCUUUGAAUUUAAAAAGUGUGUUUAUUGGCUGAAAUGCAGAAGACAUGUACUGGAAGGUUAUUUCUUUUCACAUUUAGUGCAUGGACAUGGGCACUAAGCUAGCUAUAGCUGAGGUGAUAGCAGGGGCCAUCACUUUUACAUAAAGUGAUAUCCUUUUACUAAUGGCUUUAGUGUGACCUGUGGAUCAGUGUGCUGUUGAGCUGUAAGAUUGUCUAGCUGAUGGUUGAAACAGUAAUUCUUUACAACACAUCCAUUAGAUUGUGAAGCAAAGUGGAGCCAUAAUGACUCCAUGGGCAGCUAGAGAUUUAUUAAUGUGCUGGCUCUCCAUUAAGUUGUUGUAAUUGUGUUUGAUGCUAUGCUAUAUAUAGGUGCAAAUGUUGCAGGCUGGUCCUAUUAUUCCAUUUCCUUUCCCCUUUUUCUCCCAAAUUAAUAUUUGUGCUAAAUUACUGCUAACUCUCAUUCACAGGAGAGUAGGUGAUGGACAGCACAACAAAGAACUUUACGUUGAGAGCAGAACCUUUAUGAUAUACAGUCUUCUGUAUGCGCCCUGUCAGUAGUAGGCCCACGAUAAGGACUUGAUCCUCAUUGAUCCCGCAGCACACUGUUACUUUGUUCAAGAACCUUUGCCUUUUAUGACAGUGCUAGACACUUUUAUUGGCAAAUACAAACCUCUUUAACCCCACACCAUGGCUUAGUUUUCUGUCAUUUAAAUAUGAAUGCAUAAAUAAAUAAAUAAAUAAAUGCUUAAAUCAAACAUGUUAUUUUCAAUAUUAAAAUAAAUGCAAAAACAAUAUUGGGAAGCAGAGCGGCACACUGUCUGCUGGUCGUUUGGACGACUAAGCUGCACUUUCUUCCCAAGAAGCUGUUAAACUGCAGGCAACUUCCAAGUAAACUUAAAAAUAAAAAUAAUGUAAAGGUGUACAUUUUCAAAAUAUUGGAAAUGCUAAACUGCAACCUGUAAAGUUUUUACAUCAUAUAAAAUAAAGGUAAUAUUUUAAGUGACUAGAGUGGAGCUCUCUAUUGAUGCAUGCACUCGGUUUGUAGUAUUUGAUUGUUCAGUUCAGGUCAUAGCUGUGAAACUUGAAACAUGGUUAUAUGAAGAAAUGCCAUGUGAAACCAGAGUGGUAUUAUUCAUUCUUUUUUUAUUUAUAACUUUACAUUUAUGUCUAUAUAUUGUCUAAUUUAAUGAAUAUUAAUAGUAGCAAGUUCAUUAUAUACUUCAACUACAGACUUUUAUAUAUUCCAGAAGCCAGAAGAAGAUUUAUUUCUGCUUUUAGGUUUGUUUGUUUUUUUAGAAAUUUAGUCCCGUUUUUGUGUAACGUCACUAAAAUAACUGACGAGGCUGAGCACUAAUAACCACACAAGUUUUAAUUUGUUUAAAGCUUCUAUAGCUAUCAGACUACAUUAACAUACAAUUGCUUCUUUUAAUGUGUAGAGCCUCCCUCACUUCUUCUGAUGAAGAAAAGACUAAAACACUAACAUAAAGCUGCAGGGAGAAAAGGUGGACGAACAACAGGAUGUGAAAUGUUAAUAUACAGCUUCCGUACAACUGACAGUAACCACAGUAUUAGUGUUUUGGCCAUCUUUGAGCAAGAGAAUGGAGCACAAAGUUCUAUAAUAUAAGCUAUAGACAAAUUUGAUGUCAAUGAUGUAGCCAUAAAAUGAGGCUAAUCUGUAUUUAUUCAGCUUCGUACUUUCUUGUGUGCUUCGGGCCCUGGGGACUCACUUAUGGCUGUGUUAAAACAGAAAGUUUAAGAGACACAGUUCAGAGUUCAGCAUUAUUUCCUGUCCUUGUGAGAAACAAACCCGGAUGUCCCUGGUCUAGUGUCCCAGUUUUCUUUUUUCCCAUGCGUUCGCUUUUCAUUCCAUCCUCUGACUGGCUUGCUUCCUUGUGCAAUGUUAUGCAUGACUAUAAAUGAAUGAUAGCAUCUCAUGUGUUAGCGUGUAUUUCCAUUAUCCUACAGCAAACUUUUCCAGCAGUAUUAACAUAUCUGUACUUAUCGACAUGACACAUUCACACGGCUGUUUGUUUUACACAGCUGGAUGUGUGUAUAUGAAAGACACAAGAUUUUUCUUUUUUACUUAUGCACUAUAAUUAUAUUCCCAUAACAGUUAAAUCAGAAUUACAUGUGUAUGUAUAUAUAUUAUAUACUCUUUGAAAACAUAAAAAUAACUAUGAACUGCCUAUGAUUUGCCUUAACGGAGCAGGUGUGUGUAGCCUAUUUUCUCUUCUCUUCUCUGAUUCAAUCUAAAGCUGGAUUUUCAUUCACAUAAAUGUAUUUGGUCAAAAUGAAGCCGCUACUAAAUUAUUAUAUCUCAACUUGAAAUGAUUUAAACACUGAUACUAUACUAUAAGUUACUGGUUGACCAUGAUUAGAUCAGUCUGUCUGUUUUCUACAGGUUAAUGAAUUCAACUUAAAAUCACAAGUCAAGUUUACUGGACUGCAACAUCGCAAUGAGUUAUUCAGAAACAUUUGUAGCUAACAUAUCUCAUUCCUAGCUUCAACUGCAAUGGAUUCCACAGAUUUCUUUUCUUUAAAUGCAAAAGUUGACCUCAUGGAGAGUGCUGUGUUUUAUGCAGAGGUCAGAUUAUGUAUUGACUGAUCAAAGUUAAAACCAGAAUAAAGGCAGGUCUACACCGCGUUCCAAAUUAUUAUGCAAAUGAUAUUUUUCUCUGAUUUUACUGAAUAGUCGAUUCAAAUGACAGUCGGCAUAAUUUUCGAGUCAUCGACCACUAGAGUAUAAUUCAAAUGUUACUGAACAAACCUCCCAAUGAACACAGUAUGUUUUUCAAAAAUAAAAAACUUAAAAUGCACUGUUCCAAAUUAUUAUGCACACAGAGUUUCAAAACAUUUUAUAGGUUGUAGAGAAUUGAAAAUGGUUAUUUGUUGGAUUUGCAGCAUUAGCAGAUCAAUUUUACUGAAAUCAAAAGCUAUUUCAAUCAAAAACAUCUUAACAGGUCAAGUUACAUAUUAACAUAGGACCCCUUAUUUGAUAGCAGUUUUACAAUUCUUGCAUCCAUGGAACUUGUAAGUUUUUGGAAAGUUUCUGCUUAAAUGUCUUUGCAGGAUGUCAGAAUAGCCUCCCAGAGCUGCUGUGUGGAUGUGAACUGUCUCCCACCCUCAUAGUUUUUUGCUUGAGGAUGCUCCAAAGGUUCUCAGUAGGAUUGAAGUCAGGGAAGAAUCGGGGCCACACCAUGAGUUUCUAUCCUUUUACGCCGAUAGCAGCCAAUGAUGCAGAGAUAUUCCUUGCAGCAUGAGAUGGUGCAUUGUCUAGCAUGAAGAUGGUUGUGUUGCAGAAGGCACAGUUCUUCUACUUUGCAGAGGUCAUUUUCACACCUUCAGGGACCCUAAAGAGGCCGACCAGCUCUCUCCCCGUGAUUCUGGCUCAAAACAUGACUCCACCACCUCCUUGCUGACGACGCAGCCUUGUUGGGACAUGGUGGCCGUCCACCAACCAUCCACCACUGCAUCCAUCUGGAUCUUCCAGGGUUGUAUGGCACUCAUCAGUGAACAGGACUGUUUAAAAAUGAGUCUUCACGUAGUUCUGGGCCCACUAAGCCGUUUCUGCUUGUGAGCAUUGGUUAGGGGUGGCCGAAUAGAAGGUUUAUGCACAACUGCAAGUCUCUGGAGGAUUCUACACCUUGACGUUCGCAGGGCUCCAGAGGCACCAGCAGCUUCAAAUAUCUGUUUGCUGCUUUGUAAUGGCCUUUUAGCAGCUGCUCUCUUAAUCUGAUGUAUUUGUCUGGCAGGAACCUUCAUCAUUGUGCCUUUAUCUGCACGAACCCAUGUGUGCUCUGACUCAGCCACAAAUCUCUUAACAUUAUGGUGAUCACGCUUAAGUUUUUGUGAAAUAUCCAAGGUUUUCAUUACGUGUCCAAGGCAUUCAACUAUUUCAUGCUUUUCAGCAGUAGAGAGAUCUUUUUUCCUUCCUAUAUUGCUUGAAAAUGGUGGUCUGCUUAAUAAUGUGGAACAUCCUUCUUUAGUAGUUUUUCCUUUAAUUGGGCUCACCUGGCAAACUAAUGAUCACAGGUGUCCGAGAUUGAUUUCAGUGAUACAAAGAGUCCUGAGACACAAUUCCAUCCAUGGGUUUAAUUGUCAAACAACUUAUUUAGUCUUUAUGACACUUAAACACAAUUUGCAUAAUAAUUUGGAACGCGGUGUAUACUUCACAUAUCGCCUGUACUGUCUGCAUGUUAUACUAACAAACAACAGUGAUAUUUGUUAGCAGAGAAAAGUAUGUAAAGUCACAUGACUCGUUACCUAUUUUCACUUUAGUUGCAUUUUUUUCUUCUGCUUCAGGCUGACAAGAUAAAACCAGUUCUUGGAAUCUGUGUGGUUCAUUGAGAUAAGAACUCGUGCUGCUACUGAAACGCCACUGAAAGCUGCAAAACCUGAAAUAAAUAAGCAAGCAAACUAAAAUAACUACUAUAAAUAGCUUGAUCAAAUCCUGGAGUGUGAGUGUUUGAGAGAUGUUUCUUGUCAUGAGCUUGGAAUAUUUGUAAAGUAUUAUACAAACACUAAAGAAAAUGUAAAUAAGCAGAUGGAUUAUAAUAUAUUCUGAUGCAAUAAAAAACAAAACAAACUCUG